AUGGCGGAAAACCGGGCCCCGUCCCCAACACCGUCCGAACGCGCCCGCAAAGACGCCGAAGAUCGAGCCCGCGAAGAGGAAGAACAAUCCAAACUGCCCUACCGCUGGACGCAGACGCUGGAGGAAGUAGACGUCAACGUUCCCAUUCCCGGCAACUUGAAGGCGAGAGAUUUAAUAGUCGAUUUGAAAAAGACACAUGUCAAAGUCUCGAUCAAAGGACAAGAUCCAAUUAUUGACGGCGACUUCCCACACCCCAUCCAGGUCGAUGACUCGACAUGGAUCAUCUCCACGAAACCCGACGGUAGCAAAGAGAUCGCCAUCAACCUGUCCAAAGCGCGGGGGACAUACUGGUGGGCUCACGUGGUGACGUCGGCGCCGAAGAUCGACACAACCAAGAUCGUUCCCGAGAACUCGAAGCUGUCCGAACUCGACGGGGAGACAAGGGGCAUGGUCGAGAAGAUGAUGUAUGACCAGGAGAUGAAGAGGCAGGGCAAGCCGACCAGCGACGAGCAGAAGAAGGAGGACAUACUCAAAAAGUUCAUGGCGGAACAUCCAGAGAUGGACUUUAGUCAGGCCAAGAUUGGCUGA